AAACACCAGCGGAAUAAACUACUUCAGCAGAAAGCAGGUAUCCGGUUAAUAAAUGCUACGCCCUCUCUAACGUCAGUCAGUCGGUAGUAUUCGUGACCCACCACACGUUUGAUAAAUUGACUCAACGAGUUUUUCAUGGCUUGCCAAAUGAGUUUGCUCUCUAGUUUACUCCAUUCUUCCAAGCAGAACGCCCGCUAGUUUUUUGCCAACGCUCUGCCUUCUUUUCUUGAAACCAGUUUAAUAAACUGAUCUUGAGUUGAAUGGAGUUAUGUUUCUCUCUGGAUGUUUUUGUUUGAACAUGCAUUUUGUGUUUGAGGUAUUUAGCUAUUUUUGUCUCAGACCGUUGCCUGAUGGAGCAGUGGCUUGGCAACUCUUUGUUAUGUCAUAUUAUCGUCUGUUCACCAAGUAUUUAUGCGGACUGAAGACAAAAUAUGAUUUUUUUUUUAAAGUUGUUUCUUGCCUUUUAAAAGUCUGGAAACUCUCAGUCUCACUUCACUUAGGAAACCCCAUUGUCUGCUUUUAAUUCAGAUGCUGAUCAAAGAUUUGGAUAUUACAGUUUCAAGAAUGAGGACAAAAAGAUGUUGCUUUUAGAAAAGCACAAACAAGCUUCUACUGUUUGGUGUCGAGCUGAUGCUUUAAGAAGUCAAAGACGUAUUUUGUCGGACAGCAAUUUGGGUGUGCAAAGAAGAUGAUCAAAUGUUGAUUCAUAUUUGAUCGGAGGAUGUCUUAGCACUGUACUUCCGUGAUUAUUGCUCUCGGUCAGCUAUCCCCUUGGUCGGAAAAACACAAUAAGUGGCAGGUAUAGAAAAUUAAGCUGGAGCAACACAGGUGGAUAGAAAUCUGUAGAGCAUGGCCAUAUCUGCUUAAAAUCCUGAUUUUGGCAGGUUUUACCUUGUCUCCAUGUUCCUGAAUCUGAAAAGGGUAUCACUACCAAUAUAUUUACACUCGGCCAAACUGAGUUAACUUCCUCUCACAUGAAAUUGCAUCCCUUUCCCUUGAAAUAUAUUUUAUCCCCCCAAGUACUUUUAAAAUCCAUUCGCUAUGUCUCUUCGAAACCCCAGUGGAAUUCAAACCCGAACCCCAACCUCAUCAUCAGCCACCCAACUCUAGUCCUCAUUGAGUCAUGCAACUCAAUGCCUGAACUGAAGCAACUUCAAGCCCACAUGACCCGUACUGGUCUCAUAUUCCACCUCUUCCCCAUCAGCAGACUUCUAUCCUUUUGUGCCUUAGAUCCCAAUGGAAACAUCCAUUAUGCCAAUCUGUUAUUUUCCCAAAUUUUGCAUCCCAAUACAUAUAUUUGGAACACUAUGAUAAGGGGUUAUGCGAAUUCCCCAUUUCCUGAAAUGGCUUUGUUCUUUUUUAACAGAAUGAUUAGUGAAGAUGUCGAAAUGGAUAAUAAAAGUUAUGUUUUUUCGCUGAAAGGAUGUGGGUUUUUGAGUGGGAUUGAAAGGGGACUAUUGGUGCAUUGUAGGAUUUGGAAAGUGGGUUUUGUGGAUGAUUUGAUUGUGAGGAACGCUCUGGUACAUUUUUAUAGUGAGAAACGGCAAUUGUGCAAUGCAAAAACAGUUUUCCAUGAGAGUACUGUGAGAGAUGUGGUGUCUUGGACCUCGAUGAUUGAUGGCUUUCUCAGAAAGAGUAUGGCUGAUGAGGCCUUGAAUUUCUUCCAGAAAAUGUGCUCAAGUGGUUUUGAGCCUAAUGAGGUUACAAUGAUAGCAGUGUGUUCUGCAUGUUCCCUUAAGGGGGAUUUGACUUUGGCAAGAUCAGUUCAUGAGCUUGUGGCAAGGAAAGGUGUGAAAUGUAGUCUUAAUCUGAUGAACUCUAUUCUAGAUAUGCACGUUAAAUGUGGUGAUUUGGAUAAAGCUGAGAAGAUUUUUCAGGAAAUGGACGUAAAGGAUGUGUUUUCAUGGACAAGCAUGAUCAAUGGCUAUGCCAAAAAUGGAGACAUUGAGUUGGCAAGGAAGUGCUUCAAUGAGAUGCCCCAGAGGAAUGCAGUUUCUUGGACUGCAAUGGUUGCAUGUUAUUCCCAAAACAACAGGCCAAGAGAGGCCCUGGAGAUUUUCUCUAAAAUGGAAAUGGAAGGAUUUAUUGCUACAGAGAGUAGUUUGGUCUGUGUGCUCUGUGCUUGUUCUCAAUUGAGUUGUCUGCACACAGGAAAACGGAUUCAUGAUUAUUAUGUCAAGCAAGAGCGUGUAACUCUUAGUCUGAUCCUAGCUAAUGCGUUAAUAGACAUGUACGCUAAAUGUGGUUGCAUUGAUGCUGCUGCAGACAUCUUUAAUAAGAUGCCAGAGAAAGAUUUGGUUUCUUGGAAUUCACUCAUUGCAGGAAAUGCUUCUCAUGGGCAUGCUGAAGAGGCUCUUGUCCUCUUUGAACAGAUGAUAAGUAUCGGCUUCAAGCCUGAUAGUAUCACAUUUGUUGGCAUCCUUUCAGCUUGUGCUCAUGGUGGAUUAGUCAAUCAAGGUUGGAAUUAUUUUAGAAACAUGAAAGUCCAUGGGUUAAUACCAACAGUGGAACACUAUGCGUGCUUGGUUGAUUUGCUUAGUAGAGUUGGGCACCUUGAAGAAGCCCAUGGGUUGAUAAAACAAAUGCCAAUGCAACCAGAUGCUGCUGUCUGGGGUGCCUUGCUAAAUGGUUGCAAAAUGCAUGGAAAUCUCAAGCUGGGUAACCUUGCAGCUGACAAACUCAUCUUUUUGGAUCCUAAAGAUAGUGGCAUUUACACACUUCUUGCUAGUUUAUGUGCUAAGGAAAGGAAGUGGAGUGAUGUAAAGAUGGUUAGAAGCAUGAUGAAAGCGAAAGGCACCAAAAAGAAUCCAGGAUGUAGCUUUAUAGAAGUGGAUGGCAAGUUUCACGAAUUUUUGGUUGCUGAUGAAACACAUCCUGAAUCAAAAGCAAUCUACCUACUGUUAGAUGAGAUUUUCCUGCUAUCAGAACUGGAAUUGUAUAGUUCAGGUCACGAGUACACUUGUGAUUUCUCUCCCGUAAAAUUCCAUGAAUAGAACUGGUCCUGCAUCCUACCAAGGAGGAUGUCACCGUUGUGUUAACAAAAGAGCUGACUAUUUCAGAGCAUGGUGUCUUGGUAAAGUUUGUGAAAGUGCAUGAAUUCUAAACAGGGUGUGAUAGCAAGUGCUCAAGGUUUCACCAAGUUCUGUAUCAAGGAUUAUUUGCAAAAUGCCUCAGAAUGGGAGAACACAGAAGCCAAACCAUGGAAGCUUAAGUUAUUUGACUAAUCCCCAAUGUAUAGCAGAAAUCAAUGUGGAGUAUAUGAAGCUGCACUCUGCUCUGUAACAUGUGCCAACCAUGUCAAUGCAAUUCCAACUAGAAAAUGUGGUUCACAAACAAAAUGUCCUUAUUUCAAGCGUCUGCUAUUUCAUCUGCCAGUUUCUUUAAUAGUUUAUGGUGGAAACUACAAUUCACUGGUUCUUAGAAAAGUCACUGCUGAUGCUAAACCUUUUUGUCCAGAGCUCACUGAGGCAUUUCAUGUGGAGUUUGACACUCUUGAGUCUUCACUACACAGGCUGCUGGCAACCGGUUCCUACUUUUAGUUUGAUUGGUAAGUAAAGAUUACUUGAGGGGAAGUAACUGAUGUUGUGGUUGCUGCAUCUUCCUGUAAAUAUGUGUUCUAAUGUGUAUCUAAUGUGUAGCAGUGGCACUUCAGAUGUAUAUUGGAACACAGCUAUGUUGCGGUUGCUGCAUCUUCCUUAAAAUAUGUGGCCUAGUGUGUAGCAGUGGCACUUAAAAGGUAUACUAGAAUACAGCUGCCUUAAGCAUGUUUGUGUUUUAGAGCUUGAAUCAGCUCCAGUGAAAAGAUUAUUCACAUAGCAGCAUUCUGUGAUUUCAAGUAGUAGCAGUUUCGCUGCUAAGAGCAUGUUAUGCUCUGGUUACCGUCUUGCUUGUACCACAUAGCUUUACAACCCCCCCCCCCCCCCAACACCCACACCCACACCCACAAAGCCAUAAGGGAAUGUGGGAGAAAUUUUACUCACCUGGUUUAAACUUUGCCCAUGUCCUUCUGACAAAUAAACUGUAACUACAUUCAGGGGAAUACCUGUAGAAAUGACAAAGACACUCUCAUACACAUUUUUGUAUUAGAAUAUCCAAUUUGAUGCAAUUUUGUGAGACGCAUUUUUUUAUGAGAAUUUUGCUAGUAUGCAGUAAGGUUUCUGGAGAUUGAAUCUUCAUCAAGGAACAAUGGUUUAUUAUUUUCAGAAUAGACAUAUAUAUACAAACAUUCAGGUAGCUGCAGUUAAGUGCGACUUUUCUAAGACGGCUACAACUGCAAACAUUUUGCCACCCAGUCGAGCAAUGGAACCAAAACAAGCAGCUCAUUGAGGUCACAGACGGAAUUUCUUGGUGCAAAAUUUAAUUUUUGAACUCCUAGAAUUCCAAUCAAUCUGGCUCAAACUGAGCUGUAAUGAAGGCUCUUAUCCUUGUUUUUUUUUGGUUGAAAUUUGUUAUUGAAGAGUAGAGGUCUUUGGUGUUAUACUCUGUGAAGAAGCUUCAUCACUUAAUUGGUUCAUGAGAUUAUAUGUUCCAAGAACUCACAUGCAGGAAGCUGAUUGUUAAGUACUUCAUGCAUUAACUGUUGCUCCUAAAUAAAGGACCCUCUUCAAGGCUUCUGGACA